GAAGGCGUCCAGGCCCACGGCCACCCACCCAGAUAAUUUGGGCAGAGAAUUUUCAGGAAACUUGGCGGAAAACGCCACCCCACCCCACCCACCGACACAUCGAUAAUCCUCCCCACCCCGUCGCCUUGCUUUUCUUGAUCAUCAUCAUCAGGAGCAAGUACGUUCGAGGCUUUUUUUUCACACGUUGAUCAAACCUAAAUAGUAAAUUAGCUCGGUUCGUUGUUCCAAAACAGUGUGCUUCAGUUGCGGUGCCGACGAAUGAGAGAGAUUAUGAGGCGGAAGGUUCAUCCACCGAAUGGGGGGAAGCUCGGAAGGGAUGAAUUACCACCAGGUAUUCGAAUGUAAAUUUCCUCCCGCUCGAUUUCACCCUUGCCGAUGCGAUUUCGCUGAAAGCUCAGAUUCAAUCCUCUUCACCUAUGGAGAUUCUCUUCACUCCACCUCCUUCACGGAGCCCUAUUAUCUCUGCCAGAACGCUCUCCUUUUCAAUUUUCCCCAAAUUCGCCGCAAUCGUCUUGUUCCUCCAUUUGCCCUUAACUUGCUCCUCCGACGAAAUCUCGUAUUCCGAUCAUUGUAGCGCCGUCGUUCCAGAUCCGCCGUCGCUUCCGGAACCCAACCAUCCGAUUGACGAGCGGAGUUUUCUAGAUCUUCGAAAUGCCUACGUUUAUCUCAAUGGAAGCACUGCGAAGCAGGCCAAUUCCGUAAUUCCUAGGUCUCUCUCAUUAAAUUCCUACAGAGCGUACAGGACCGGGAAAGACGCUGUGUUCAGAAUCGAAGCAUCCUUAAGCCUCACCGGAGUGCAGUACUCUCGUAAAAUUACUCGCAGAGGUUUGCGCCUUGUGCAUAUCCGACCGCCGAAGAUACCAUUGAGGAGAGGCAAUUCCUGGAAUUCGAUAAGUUUUAUGGUAAAAGGAGUUUGGGAUUCGAUUGCAGGGAAGCUCUGUAUGGUUGGGUCUGGGGUGGAUAAAUUGAGCUCUAGCCAUGUCGUAUUGAAGCUUGAUUAUAUGAAUUCUUCGAAUAUAUUCACUGCUUUAGUCAAUGGGACAUUGGAAAGUGUAGGUGCAAAGAACAAGAGUGAAUUUAACCUUGAUUUGAUUUCUAUACUUGGUGUUCAAGGUAGGUAUUAUGAGUAUGGUUUGAUUGAUAAAGAAGUUGAAAGCAAUGGAUUUUCGAUGUUGGAUGAUAUGUCGAAUGUUUCUUUCGGAUUAGAGGAGUUGGAUCAAAAGAUGUGUACAUAUAUUCAGUUUUCUGGCACAAUUGAGUUGGAAUACGAGAGUGAUUGCUUCGGUGUGAGUUGCAAUAUUCUUGGGAGAGAGAAUGGUAACUUCACACCAAGUAUGAUGUACUUUGAUGUAAUAGAAUGUUUAGAUGACGGUAGAGUGAGGGUUCUUUUAGUAUUUGGGGAUAUUGUGCAUAAUGUGUAUCGACUGCCAUUUCAGCCGAAUGUGACUUUGAUUAGCGAAGGGAUUUGGGACGAAAAGAGAAAGAGGCUUAACAUGGUUGCCUGCCGUAUUUCUACUAGUGGAGAAUAUGGUUUUGUAAGAGACUGCUCUAUCCGGUUAAGUGUGAGAUUUCCAGCAAGACUGACAUUGAGAGAUAGGAGUGCCGUAGUCGGAGAAUUGUGGAGCAGUAAGAGUGCUAAUGAGUCGGGGUAUUUUGGCAGGGUGUCGGUGUUAAGUACGAAGAACAAGAAUACUAGGUCUGGUCGAUUGAAGUAUGAAUACACAGAGAUUGAGAAAGCGGGCAGAGCUUGUGCGAACAAGACAGUACAGAAGGGAGGAGGGGUUUACCCUGGUCCAUAUUCAUCUGAUAUGAGAUUCGACCUGGAUGGCAGGAACAAGAAAGUGCAGGAUCUAUGGGGUUAUGCUUCACCGUAUUUUGUGGAUAAUUGGUUUUAUAAAUUAUCUUCAGCUUUGGCGAGGGAAGCGGAUCCUAAUUGGCAAGGAAAACAGAACUUAAGUGAUGUGACAAAUAUCAGCUAUGUUCUGAGCCUGUCGUAUCCGGUCGAUUUUGAGCUGAGCCGGGAGCAUAAACAGAUCAAGACGAUUGACAUUUCUGCUGAAGGAACGUAUAACUCUAAAACUGGGCAUCUUUGCAUGACGGGGUGUUUGGAUGUUGUGUUGCCUAUUGGAACAGUACGUCGAAAGUCACUUUUGGAUUGUAAAGUUCUGGUCGACAUCCAUUAUUCUCCGCUACAUGAUAAAAAGCGAAAUUCUAUAAAGGGGACGAUUGAAAGCACACGGGACAAGUCUGAUCGUUUUUAUUUUGAACCUUUUGCCAUCACUGCAAAUUCUAUUUAUGCAGGGCAAGCCAAAGAAACGAUAUGGAGAAUGGAUCUUGAGAUUGCCAUGGUUCUCAUCUCGAGCACUCUUUCGUGUAUUUUCACAGGUUUACAGCUGUUGCACGUUAAAAACCAUGCAGACGGGGUGCCGUUUAUCUCAGUCGUAAUGCUUGUUCUUCUCACUACGGGACAUCUGAUCCCUCUGCUGCUGAAUUUUGAGGCCCUCUUCAUGAACAGCCACAGCAACGUAAAUGCCCGUAUUGAUAGCGACGGAUGGCUUGAAGUAAACGAAGUUUUUGUGAGGGUAAUAACCAUGGUGGCUUUCUUGCUGGAAGUUCGCCUUCUCCAAGUGACCUGCUCUGCAAGAUCCGGUGACAGAAACAGGGAGAACCUCUGGAAAUCGGACAAGAAGGUUCUAUAUCUGUCUUCGCCAUUAUACAUCGGCGGUGGUUUGAUUGCGUGGUUUGUACCCAUUUUAAAGAAUCGUUCUCUUUGGGGCGGCUUUAAAUCCUACGCCGGAUUGAUAUUAGAUGGGUUUCUGCUCCCUCAAAUGCUCUUUAAUAUAUUCUCGGACUCGAAUGUUAAGGCUCUCGCCACUCCCUUUUAUGUAGGAACUACACUUGUUCGCUUGCUGCCCCAUGCUUAUGACCUUUACAGGUCCCGAAGUUCCAUUCUUUCAUUCAAUUAUAUAUAUGCAAAUCCGAGACUGGACUACUAUUCUACUGCCUGGGAUCUUGUCAUAUCGAUCGCUGGCCUAGUGUUUGUUGCCGUCAUUUACUUGCAGCAACGAUAUGGUGGGCGUUGUCUUCUACCAAAGGCACUAUGGCAGAAGUUCUCCUAUGAGAAAGUACCAGUAUCUACUACUGUAUAAUAUCUAAAGUGGAUUCUUCCUCAUUUCUCCGGCAAUGAAGAUAUGAUUUAGCACACUGCCGUGGCUCAGGUGUUACAGCUCAGGCAGAAUAGUGGCAGAGCUGCAGCAAAAACAGGUCUCCUAUUGUAUCUGUAAGUUCAACUACUUAACCACACAAUACUUUUGUAAGAUCUUUCAUGCGGUAUGAUAUGGUAUGGUUGAUUUUCUUUAUAUAUAUAGUCCAAGGGUUAGGUGUAACAUCAAGAUAUUUUUGAAAUGAAAAUGCACGUGUUAUGGUGAUCAUCA